ACCAGAAGCGGCAGACACAGCUCAGAGAAGAGCUGGAAACAGACGGCGGCAGAAUUAAGGGUCUUUCUGCUCCGGACGAAGAGUAAUUGCGAUCUACAGGACGGAUUAACAGAUAGACGCCCGGGUACGCAGCAAAGUGGAUGUUUAAUGAGUGGAAACCCUCAGCUACCAAACACAGAAAAAGAAGCAAAGACAGAAACAAGAGUGGGAGCUCUGAGUAACUGCUGUCCCUUCACCGACAGGACGCCCAUCCUCAACUCAGGGCGGGGAGCAAUUGACGGCUCCAUCUCAAAACAAGGAAAUAAAGUUUCCAAAAUCAGGAUCUGACAGACAGAAAGGAUACGGCAGCUCCGGGAUUGACAGAGAAACAACAGCUGAGAGGAUCUCCAACAGUUCUCUCUUCUUUUUCUUCUCCAUCUCUGAAAAUACCAGGAGUAUUCCCCCAAUCCCAACCCUGACCAAUCACAAUUUUAAUGCUAACAUGUCUUGUUUUUGUCCUCAAGUGGUUCGAUGAUGGAUGCUGAGGUCCCACCGCUGCUGCGCUGACGGUUGUUUGUGAAUGCGUCCCGCACACAACUAAUGAAAUGAGCUCUUGGAGUUAGAGGAGUGUUAAAGGAGACAAGCAAAUUAAAGACUUGGAAAUGAAAAUCAGCCGUUUGAGGAAGUUUAUCAGGAAUUUAAAAGCAUCAAAAUGAGAUAAAUGGGUGAGCCAUGAUGACUUGAGGAGUAACGAAAAGAGCUUGAUCUUCCAAAGUAAGCGGUAUACGUUGGAGAUCAGAAGCAGCGUCAUGGUGGAUGUUGGUGGUCUCGCUGGUUUCCUGCGAUCAUGCUGGUUUGUGAUGGUGCUGGUGUUUUUUCUCAGACCAGUCCAGGCUGAUACUGGCAACUGCCUCUGUGCCUCAGACAUUCUGAGCUGCACAGCGCUGGAUCUGGACCGGGUUCCCAGACAACUACCAGUCUACACUGUCAUGCUAGACCUGAGCCACAACCACAUUGAGCGGCUACAGCUAGGCGACUUUGAGGGACUUGCUCAGCUGGAGACGUUACGUUUAGCACACAAUCGAGUGAAUGGGAUCCUGCCGGGGGCAUUCAGGAACUCUUCAGGAAGUCUGCUGCGACACCUGGACCUAUCGUCCAACCAGCUCCGGGUCCUGGAGCAGCACUACUUCCAGGAGCUUAGCGGACUGGAGGAGCUGCUGCUUUUCAACAACCAGAUCACCCAUGUGGAGAGCCAAGCCCUGGCUGGACUAGGAAACCUACGGAAGGCCUACUUCAGCCACAACCGACUCACCGACUUCCCCUUCUUCAGCAUCCAGAAGCACAGUCACCCCCACCUGACCAUGCUGGACCUGUCCUCCAACCGCCUGCCCAAACUGCCCCUGGAGGACGUCUCUAACCUCCCCCUGUCCAUCCAGGAGGGGCUCUUUCUGCACAACAACUCGCUAGUGUGUGAGUGCUCCAUGUACAUACUGUUCCGAUCGUGGGAGCGGCGUGGAUUCGCCUCCGUCAGACUCUUCAGACAUGAGCAUGUGUGUCUGAUCUACGGGAUCCAGAGAGGCAGCAUUCGCUUCUUCCUGUACAGGCGUUACUUUGACAAAUGCAACUUAAUGGCAGCGGAUAACGCGCCCCUGGAGCAGGAAAGCAGCGUCUCAGUAAAAGCUGGAGCAGCUCUGCUGCUCCACUGCAUCACAUCCCUGAGCGGUCAGGGAACCACCUUCUUCUGGAUGGCACCUCACGAGGACUAUGUGGUACCGCCAGGGAAUAAUGUGUCCUUGAAGAUGUUUGCCAAUGGCAGCCUGGAGAUCAUGGCGGCACAGGACCAGGACUCCGGGAUCUACCGGUGCAUGGCUCAAGACCAGCAGCGGAACGAGACUCGAGAGGUCAACGUUACUGUGGUGGUGCACUAUGAUAGUGAUGCCCAUGAGAGCUUCAACACGGGUUACACCACCCUGCUGGGCUGUGUGGUCAGCCUCGUACUAGUCCUCAUGUACCUCUACCUGACACCCUGCCACUGCCCCCCCUGCCUGAAGGGCCAGUCCCUGGGGACAGCCACCCCUAGUCAUGUUCAUGAGGCUGGGGCAGAGAGUGUUCACUCCUCCAUUCUCACCCCAACACCACCAACAACCACCGAGGGCCCCGGCCGCAAGAUCUAUCCAUCAAACUUCUCUGCACUUCCUCCCUACAACUCCCAUCCUUCCAACUCCCUCUAUCUUUAACCAUUUAUUUUCCCCCAGCCUACCAUCCAUACCUCUGCCCCCAACACUCUCUUCUCCUCCCAACCUUCCUCAGAACUGAACGCCUGCUGCCUGUCCCUGCUGCCAUGCCAGCCGGCAACCUGAAGAGGAUGGCGACCUCGUCCAAAACCCUUCUGUGGUGUCAACCAUAGGUUGUUGAAGACUUGGAGCUGUUGGGCCGUCUUGAAGAAACUAACACCUACACCAGUUGAUCCAAACAUGGGCGAAUGGGCAGAGAGAGCAAGCCUGGAGUCUGCUUGGAACACCUUAUGGUAACUGAGCUCACCUUAGCACAGUUACCAAAAGGUAGAUAUUUUAAGCUCACCUUAUCCCCUGCUAACCUAUAAUGAAAGCUAAUUAGGGCCCGAGCACUUACAGUGCGAAGGCCCUAUUGUAUCUGUAGGAAUUUUCCUUUUUUUUCCCCCGACGAAAUGAGGGCCUUUUUGCCCCCUAAACGUGCCCCAAAAGUCACCAAAUUUUGCACCCAAGCCAGG